CUCUCGUCCCGCCAUGCACGCUCAGCCCCCCUCCCCGACCCGGAACUUCGUUUCUUGCAUGCACCGGUCCGGUGUCCAUCCUACAGCGGGUCCUCUGCAAUGCCCUCGGAUGGUAGCGAAAGCUUGAACAACAGGUCGAGUGUUGACGUGCUGCCUCUGCCCCUCUUGACACCACAUCCAUCACUUACGACUUGCGUCAGACAUCAAGCCGAGUCCCAUUCACGAUUGACUUGUAAACUCCAAGCGCAAGCCACCCCGGUCCACCUCGACUCAUAACAACUUCAACACUUCAGCCCAGCAUGGCGCUCAAGAGCGAUGAUCUCAUGUCUCCACCCUCGGGUGUCACUCCCCUCAUCCUCAACGUCACCAUCGUGGGACGCGACAGCGGCAAGACGGACGAGAUCGUUCGUCUCUUGAAAAAGAUUCAGAGCAAGGCUCUUUCGGACCAGGAGCCUGGAACUUCGGUGUACCGCAUCACUCGCGGAGCUCUCGAUAAGAACGUGGUCAAUGUCUACGAGGUCUACAACGAUGCUGCUGCCAUGGCUUUCCACACGGAAAAUGCCGACUUCAAGGAGCUCGUCUCGCGCAAGGAUGAGCUCAGCUCGGAGCUUCACACCAAGUUCUUCAGCGAUGUCUGAGAAGCGUCAUCGUAACGCUCUUCGGGCGACUCACUUCCUCUGUGGCGUUGUAGCACCAGCAGAUGUGACAUAUGAUAGCAUGUUCGACGAAUCUGGCAAUUGCUCGCAAUCAGAUGCUUUUUGCGUGCUUCGCUUUGCAAAG